AUGGACCUCCGAGGCGCGAAGAGACGGCUUGGGGGGAUAUGGCAGGUGACAUGCCUAGCUCUCGUCGUAUGUGUCCUGGAUUUAGUUUGGGCUCAGAUUCGUUAUUCAAUCCCUGAGGAACUGGAACAUGGCGCUUUUGUUGGAAACAUAGCCGAGGACUUGGGUUUAGACGUCGAGAGACUCUCCGCGCGCAGGUUCAGGAUUGUUUCAGGCGCAAAAAAGCAAUACUUGGAGGUGAAUUUAGAAAAUGGUAUUUUAUUUGUAAACGAAAUAAUUGAUCGAGAGGAACUAUGUGAACAGAGUCUGUCUUGCUCUUUCCAUUUGCAAGUGGUAAUCGAAAACCCAUUGGAACUGUACAGGGUUGAGGUGGAGAUUUUAGAUGUGAACGAUAACUCACCCAGUUUUCCGUGGAGUGAGUUUAAUUUGGAUAUAUCCGAGUCGGCGGUACCCGGGUCCCGCUUCCCACUAGAGAGCGCGCAGGACUUGGACGUUGGAAGCAACUCGCUCCGCUCUUAUCUGCUGAGUGUGAAUGAACAUUUUGUCCUGGACAUCCAGACGCGUAGUGAUGGCAGUAAGUUUGCGGAGUUGGUCCUGGAGAGCCCCUUGGACAGAGAGCAGCAGAAUACGCACCAGGUGGUGCUGACGGCCGUGGAUGGAGGCUCACCAGAGAGAUCCGGGACAGCGCAAAUCAAUAUAACAGUCCUGGAUGCAAAUGACAACGCGCCCGUGUUCGACCAGUCUUUCUACAGAGUGAGGCUUGUGGAAAACGCACCGAAGGGCACCGUUGUGAUAAAACUAAACGCAUCGGAUUUGGAUGAGGGUCCUAAUGCGGAUAUCACAUACUCUUUCAGCGGGCAUGCUCCCAUAAAAGUGCGCGAGCUUUUCAGUGUGGAUUCGCGCACUGGAGAGAUCAGAGUGAAAGGUGUCGUAGAUUAUGAAAAGGCCAGGAUGCAUGAGAUAUAUGUGCAAGCCAAGGACAAGGGCCCAUCGGCAGUGGCCGUGCACUGUAAAGUUCUAGUCAAUAUCUUAGAUGUGAAUGACAACCUCCCGGAGGUGAUCUUAACAUCAGUGUCCACACCUGUCCAAGAGGACGCACCACCGGGGACUGUGAUCGCUGUCAUCAGCGUCAUGGACAAAGACUCAGGUGAAAAUGGAAAUGUUGACUGUGAAAUUCCACAUCAUGUCCCCUUCCAGCUCCACUCCUCUUUUAAGAACUAUUACACUUUGGUUACAUGUGAUUUUUUGGACAGAGAGACGGUGCCAGAGUACAACAUCACUCUCACAGCAAGAGAUAUGGGCGCACCUCCCUUGUUCACAAGGAAAACUAUUUUAGUUCAAGUGUCAGACAUGAACGACAACACACCCCGAUUCAAGCAGCCAUCAUACACCGUCUAUUUGACAGAGAAUAACGCACCAGGAGCCUCAAUUUGCUCGGUUACUGCCCUGGAUCCAGAUUCAGACCAAAAUGCCUAUCUCUCUUACUCUAUUCUGGAAGGUGAUAUACAUGGGAUGUCCGUGUCCACCUACGUCUCCAUAAACUCAGACAACGGGAAUAUUUACGCAUUGCGUUCUUUUGACCAUGAGCAGCUAAGAAACUUUCAGAUUUUAGUCCAAGCACAAGAUGCCGGGUUUCCACCCCUGAGAACCAAUGUUACCGUAAAUGUCUUUAUUUUAGACCAAAAUGACAAUGCACCAGUCAUAGUAGCACCUCUACCCCAAAACGGCACCGCGGCGACUGAAGUGGUGCCCAGGUCAGUUGAUGCUGGCUAUCUUGUGGCAAAAAUCACUGCGAUGGACGCAGACGCAGGUCAAAACUCGCGUCUGUUCUACCAGGUGCUCCAGGCAAACGACCCGAGCCUGUUUAGCGUCGCUCUGUACACGGGCGAAAUCAGGACGAUUCGCCGAUUUGUGGAAAAAGACCCCAUAAGGCAAAUGCUGGUCAUUCUGGUCAAGGACAACGGUCAGCCACCCCUUUCGGCCACAGUUUCCAUCAUCCUGUCAGUUGUUGACAACGUGCCAGAAUCGCUGCCUGAUUUCGGCGACCUCACACUGAGCCCCCAGUACCGCUCGAACCUCACGCUGUACUUAAUAGUGUCUCUGGGCGUUAUCUCGUUCACGUUUCUGGUGGCUAUUAUCGUCCUGGCAGCGAUAAAGGGAUACAGGGACAGACAUUCCAUUCGGAGGUAUAACUUCUCUCUGAGUGCAUGCUGCGGGUUCCGAUCAGAGGAAUCUACCACUGAUGUGUUCAAGAAGUCCAACUUGAACGUUCAGAUAACCACAGGCACCAAAGGAUCCACGAACUGCGUUGAGGCAAAUGGCAACGGCCCCCUUUCUCAGCCAUACUGCUACAAGAUGUGUCUGACCCCGGAAUCAUCCAAGAGCGAUUUCAUGUUCCUAAAGUCAUGCAGUCCGAUGAAUGCGACUCCACAGAAGAAUAAUGCCAAGGGCGCAGACUACCCCAAAUCGGGUUGGAGCGCACAGGACUCCCGCAGCCUGAUAGUGAACAACGGAGCAACUAUUCCGAACCAGCUCAAGCAAGCGAACAUGGACUGGACAUUGACGAAAAAUCGACGGAAUUCAGCACACAAAAGCUUUAGCUCCAUGGAGAGGACCUUCCCACGUAGACCCAGGACGGACCCUGAUGGCUUCUCCUGCCCGGUGGCACCACAGUACUAUACCUGGGGUAGUCAUAUGCGUGAAUACAAGAUGUCCUCCCAGGUUGAAGGGAUUGGAGGGGUUGGAAGUGUAGGAAGGGUUCCAAACCGUUCGUGGACUCCGAGCUACACCCAGCCUCCAUCUGCACAGCCACCACCUGACUACCAGCACAACGUCUACAUUCCUGGCACACCGUCUGGGUACUGCACUCUGAAGCCUGCACCCAGGGGGGAACUGGAUGUCUACAACUCAUUCUCUACGUUUGGAAAGAAUAAGAGGUUCAUCUCUAGCUAUGACUCGAGCUUUGACCAGAGAGGGGACAACCUGAUAAACAAGGACUUUUUUAAAUGAAUAUAUUAGAAGACACUGUGCAUACAAUUUAAUACACACUUCCGUGGAUGUUCAUUAACUAUUAAUAGAAUCAACCCAUAUAGUAUAAACCUCUGUGCACAAGGAAAAUUAAAAUAGUUUAGUAUAUUUGAAUCCAUGCUUCAAACACAUAACUUAAUACUUUACAGCAUAUUAUUUUCUCUCAAUACAGCAGUGUCAUAAUUAUCUAUUUUCAUUUGUAUCAUGUACAGUCCUAGUUGAUAAUGAUGAUGAGAUUGUGCAGAUAUAAGGGCAAUUGUAGCCACUUGUGGGGAUAAUGAGGAAAAUGAUCUGAGGAUAUCUGUUCCCAGCAGUUAUAGCAAAUUCUCCAAAUGCCUUGAGGGUUGCGUUGUGAAGAUUGUGCACGGCAUUCUGUUAGGCAGUAAUUUACAAGCAUGUAUAUCACAUUGUUGUACUUUAUUCCUUCAUGUUUGACCCAUUUGGCUUCUUAAACACGUUUAUAUGU